GCAAGAAGUAAGCGAUAGCCAAUUACUACCACCAUGAGUAUUGAAACAUUCAAGAAACAACUUGUUGAUACUUUUGGUCCAAGUACUUCUUCCUUAAAUGAAGAAGAACUUGAAAAAUUAAAGAAUUUACUGGAAAUCUACAAUGCUCCAGUUGAUGAAUUGUAUUUACAAUGGGAAUCAUUCAAUGUUGCCGAAGUUCAAGAGGAUUUGGAUUUGAAUAUGGAAAAUUUAGUCAGGUUCCAUGAAUUCUUACAAACUAAACUCAGUCAAAAGCUGACUCCCUCGUCAGGCAAAACCAGAGAUAUUCAUUCCAACAGAAAACCGUUAAUGAGAAAGCCAAUAAAUGCUGCUAAUCCAAGCACACCCAACAUCAAGAAAAGAAAAUUGGACCAAUCUAGUCCUGAUAUUAGAACUCCUAUUGAAUCAUCUCCAGGAGAUUUUGCCACUGCCAAUAACACAUUUGUAUCGCCUGCACCUGCUAUAGUUGUAGCCGCCAAACCAUCUCAUAGUUUAUUGGAAACUUUAAACCCUACUGUUGAUGAAAUUGAAGGAGACUUGGGUGAAGCUGAAGAGAAAAGAUUUAGGCUUACUACAAACUUUGAUGGUUCCAAAUACAAGUUCCGUACUAUGCAGAUGAAGUUGUUAGAAGGCGCAGAUGUGUUGGAUGAUCAAAUCGAUACCAUGAUGGGGAUUUACCAAGACGCCAAUAAAAGUUCCGAUACUCAAUUUGGAAACCCAUGUUUAAGUUCACAAUUUGAAAUCUUGUGUUGCGGUAGAAUUGUUCCUGAUUCUCCUCUUUACGACAAGGAGAAUGUUGCGUUGAAUAGUACUUCGUUGUAUCUUGAAACUUCCAGAGUUCAAGGUAUCGGUCAAAGAGUUCCUUUAGAUCUUUCAAAGCUCAGUUCAUAUUCGUUCUUUAGUGGUCAAAUUGUUAUCUUGAAAGGUAGAAACCCUUCUGGAAGGACCUUUAUCGUGGAUGAAGUUUUGGAAUUGCCGCAGCUAGGUGUCCCACUUUCUAGUUCUGACGAAAUCAAAGAAAUUCAAGAAUUACAGGGUAAGCAAGGGUUGAAAGUAUUAGUCGCAUCUGGUCCUUUCUCUAACCUGCAAACAUUGAAUUACGACAGGCUAAACAAUCUUGUGGAGUUAAUCAAUACCAAGAUUUUUCCAAAUGUUGUUAUUCUCAAUGGCCCUUUCCUUGAUAUAACCAAUAAAUCAGUCGAAGAAGGAGAAUUUGACAUUGCCAACGACAAGCAACAACCAAGAAAUCUCGAUGAGGUGUUCAAAUUUAUAAUCACUCCAAUUUUAAAAAAGAUCGAUCAACGUAUUCAAGUUGUAUUAUACCCUUCGGUAAAAGAUACUUGUAUAAAGCACUGUUCCUAUCCUCAAGACAUAUUUGAUAGAAAAAAGUUUGGAUUACCCAAGAAUAUCAAGGUGUUCCCUAACCCAUCUAGUUUCUCCAUAAAUGAAGUAUUGAUUGGGAACUCCAAUUUAGACGUUUUCAGAGAUCUUAGAGAUGUUACCAAGGACAAUGGAACUAAUUCAGUAUUGAAUAAUCGUUUUGAAAGAAUUGUCAGUCAUUUAAUUGACCAGAGACGUUACUACCCGUUAUUCCCUGGUGCUAUAAAGUCACAACCAGGUUCAGCUGAUAUGACGAAAUUAUUAGGUGGGGCCAGUGGAGAAUACUUAAGUCAGACCGGGAUAGGUGGGUCGUGUUUAGAGGUUCCAUACUUGGGAUUAACUGAAAUUGGGGAUGUAUUACCUGAUAUUUUAGUGUUACCUUCUGAAUUAAAGUACUUUGCUAAACUCGUCAAGGGUGUUUUAGUUAUAAAUCCAGGGUUAUUCAUAAGGCCAAAUAGAGACCCCAGCAAGCAAGAGGGGAGUUAUGCCGUGGUGCAUAUCCAACCACCGGAAUCGUCAAACUUGGAAGCGGCUGAAGACAACCUGGGGAUGUUUUUCCACAGUAUUUACAACCGAUCUCGCGUAGAUAUUUUUUCUAGUUGAGUUUUAUAGAUAAUUUGAUCUAUUAUUCUUUUGUACACCACCAAAGGGUAGUAGUAGC